AUGUCAAUCGCUAGUAAGCAGGCCGAUGAGAGAACACCCCCAGGACGGUGGACCAAGGGGCUGGCCGUGUUCUACAAAGAAUGUAUCAUGCGCCGGCGGCACCACAAUUGGCAUAUCCGCCAGAACAAACUAUGUGGCAUAUCCAACCGGAUCCUCACUACAGUUGACACACUGGCUAUCUCCUGGAGACCGGUUCUCCCUGUGCUCACCCUUGGAACUUCACAUGGCUAUGCAUUCCACUUACAGUCUUCCAGUGUAGUCAACUAUCCAGCACAACAAUCCUUCCAGGUCCACGACAACACCUACCUACGGGGAAGUUCACCAAUAGUACCCACCUCCGUGGUACGGAUCGGGUCUGCGCCGUGUAAUGCCGCGGAAUGGGUUAGUGCAGAGUACGAAAUACCGAGAAGGACCAGGUUAUCCGUCAUAAUCCGGUCGAGAAACGAGGAUGGGGGUAAGCCAAUGCCGCACCAGACCAAGGAUGAAUUCGGUAUGCGUUGGCUGGCCUGGAUCGGAAGUAUCAUAGUCGGAACCAACAAGCGCGAUGAUUAG